ACGUCGAAUAGAUCUCAUCUUCAUUCAUUCUAACCGGUGCGCAGAGGCAACAACCUCUGCCUCCCCACCCAACCCGCCAUUGACUUACCAAACACAACCGAGUCUCUCUCUCUCUCUCUCUCUGCCCCUCAGUUUCUUCUCCGAUUCAAUCCAUUGUCUUCUCUUCUUCUUGGCGGGUCUGCGUCUGGUCUUCUUCAUCCGAGGCUCGUCCCUGUUCGGUGCAGAUCAGCCUGCGGGGGGACAGAGAAGAAGGCGGGAGCUCGAUCGAGCUCGGAUCCGGCAUGUCGAGCCCCCUCCCUUACUCCAUGAAAGAUGUCCACUACGACAACGCCAAGUUCCGCCACCGUUCCUUCUCCAAGGUGAUAAAUCAGACCUUGCUUACUCGGAACAUAAGGCGGGAUUGUCUAGGAUGCAGUACGGGGAAGUUUCUAGUGUUAGUGUUGAUGUUCGGUUUGGCGUAUCUUAUGUUGACCCAUGCUGGCCCUGUCCCUUCCGGUUCAGGUGGACUAGCAAACAACAUUGGGACUGACAAUGAUGGUAGCAGUAGGUUUAAAAAAUUCUGGAGGAAACCUCCUAGACUUCCUCCUCGUUUGUCUCCUGAUGAGAAGCGCACCGGAAAUGGUUUGAGUCAGGAAACUGAUAAUGUGAACUCCAGAGCAAAGUGGACAGCCCGGAGACAAAGUGUCAAGGAUGCCUUUGUUCAUGCGUGGUCGGGGUAUAAGAAAUAUGCGAUGGGCUAUGAUGAACUUGCGCCUUUGAGCCACAGCGGAAUUGAUGGAUUGGGAGGAUUAGGUGCGACAAUUGUUGAUGCCCUUGAUACUGCUAUUAUCAUGGGUGCUGAUGACAUUGUUGCUGAAGCAGGCUCAUGGGUUGAAGCCCAUCUUUCAGAAAAGAUUAGCCAGAAAGGCCAGGUCAAUUUGUUUGAAACAACAAUUCGAGUUCUAGGUGGCCUUCUGAGUGCAUAUCAUCUGAGCGGAGGAGACGGAGGGAUGAGGUUGACAAGCAAAGGGCCAAAGCCAGCUGUCUACCUUGAAACGGCCAGGAAUUUAACUGAUCGCCUUUUAUCUGCUUUUACUGCUAGUCCAACUCCUAUUCCCUAUAGCGACGUUGUUCUUCACGACUCUUCAGCACAUCCAGCUUUUGGUGGAUUAAGUAGUACUUCAGAAGUUUCGACCGUGCAGCUUGAGUUUAAUUAUCUCAGUAUGAUCUCGGGUGAUAAAAAAUAUAGUACUGAGGCCAUGAAGGUUUUGGAACAUAUCAAGACUCUGCCAAAGGUGGAAGGAUUGGUUCCGAUUUACAUAAGCCCACAGUCUGGUGAAUUCAGUGGAGAAAAUAUAAGGCUGGGAUCUCGUGGUGACAGUUACUACGAGUACCUACUCAAAGUGUGGCUCCAGCAGGGAGCGGGUCGUGAUGGUAGUAAUUUUUCAUACCUACAUGAUAUGUAUAUUGAAGCCAUGAAGGGUGUCCGUAACUUGCUUGUUCGGAAAUCAGUGCCAAAUGGCUUGGUUUUCGUCGGAGAGCUGCCAUAUGGAUCUAAAGGUGGUUUCAGCACUAAAAUGGAUCACCUGGUAUGUUUUCUGCCGGGUACUCUUGCUCUUGGUGCUACUAAAGGCAUGACAAAGGAGAAAGCCAUGAAAGAGAAUAUGCUGACAUUUGAAGACUUAGAAAAUUUGAAGCUUGCUGAAGAUCUCACUCAGACAUGUUUUCAGAUGUACGCUGUAACUGCCACUGGCCUUGCUCCUGAAAUAGCUUACUUCCACACAGAGGAAUAUUCUGAAGAUGGUCUUGAUGGUGGGAACAAGAGUUCUAAGUAUGUGAAUGACAUUAUAAUCAAACACUUAGACCGCCACAAUCUUUUGCGUCCCGAGACAGUUGAAUCGCUGUUUGUCUUAUAUCGAAUCACAGAAGAUCCAAAAUACCGGGAAUGGGGCUGGCAGAUCUUCGAAGCAUUCGAGAAAUACACGAAGGUUGACUUGGGUGGAUAUACGUCUCUUGACGAUGUCACAACUGUUCCUCCUCAAAGAAGGGACAAGAUGGAGACGUUCUUCUUGGGGGAGACGCUAAAGUACCUCUACUUGCUGUUUUCAGACAGCGAUGUGAUUCCUUUGGAUAAGUUUGUCUUCAACUCAGAAGCACAUCCCAUCCCGAUUAAGGGAGCUGUGACUAGCUACUGAUACGUCAGCUGCUUCAGCAGCAUUCACUGAGACUCAGAAAGUCGCAGAACUUUUGCCUGUCGUCAUGACUUAAACUGGUCCUUCUCAUGAUCUGUACUCAGGUGUCGGAGUUUAUCAACACCAAGUCAUGAGGGCACGAUCAAGACGACCCUGGUAAUUAUCUUCUUCUGGCACUUCAUGAAGAUGAGUAACUCAUCAUUUUGGUUGUUUUGACCAUCAAAUUUGAUCUACCAUUAUCAGAUAUGCUCUUUACAGUUAGGCUCAGAAAAGGAUUCAUGAUUUGGUUUAGUUAAUAAAUAUAGAUCGGAUCUUUAAUUUGGCGGAGAGGAAUAUUUUUGGGGAUUUAUCUUUGGAGUUUCUUCGGAGGACCAUCUGUGUGUAUCUCAGCGGAAAUUCCACUCUUACACAUGCUUCUAUGAGAGAUAAAGGUUUGUGCCAUUAGAGGGAUGAAGUAUUCGUAAAAUAGAUGGCAGAGUUUAGUCCGUAUGUCCAGUAAAGGAGACAAAAAGGAUUAAUGUAAUCUCUAGUUAAGGCUCAUGGUCAGAUUUUGUAUCUUAUUCAAUGAUAGAAACUCUUUUCCUUUGUUAUCA